AUGCUGUCUUUUUGUCAAAUCUCUAACCCUUUUUUCCAGCUUAUUAUCCUCAUAAGACACGGUGAAAGUGAAGGAAACUGUGAUAAAUCAGUAAAUAGAUAUGUUCCAAAUCAUAAAGUUGUUUUAACUCUGAGGGGCCAUCAACAAGCCAAAGAUGCUGGUUUGAAAUUAGAAUCCAUGUUGAAUGAAGAUGAUUCAGUCUUGUUUUAUACAUCACCUUAUAAACGUACCAGACAAACAUUAGAUGGAUUAAUAUCAGGAAUUUCAAAUAGUGGGAUCCCAUAUAAAGUUCAUGAGGAACCAAGAAUGAGAGAACAAGAUUUUGGUAAUUUCCAAAGUACAGCUGAGGAAAUGGAAAUGAUAUGGAAGGAACGUGCACAUUAUGGACAUUUUUUCUAUAGAAUCCCAUAUGGAGAAAGUGCAGCAGAUGUUUAUGAUAGAUGUGCUGGUUUUAAUGAAACAUUAUUUAGACAGUUUCAAAGUGAUAAAUUCCCAAGUGUGUUGGUGUUAGUGACACAUGGGAUUUGGGCUAGAGUUUUCUUGAUGAAAUGGUAUAGAUGGACUUAUGAAGAAUUUGAAAGUUUGAAAAACGUUGGACAUUGUCAAUUUUUAGUUAUGGAAAAGAAUCCAGAGACUGAACGUUAUAAAUUCUUGACAAAAUUGGCUAAAUGGGAUGAUGAUGAUGAUGAAGAUGAAAAAGAAUAUCGUGAAGAGAUGAAGGAUGAAGUUUUAAAGAACUCCAAUAGUUAUACAGAUAUGAAUUUUAGUAGUUCAGAUUUGAGUAAAGAUUCUCAAAGGUCGCAGCGAGAAAAAGAGAGGAAAUUGAAGGAGUUGUUUAAAAAGACAUUGGAUAAGUGUUAG